AUGGAGCCCUCUCCAUCGAGUCGCAUGGCCACGCGAGGCAUCGUGAAAAAUUAUGCAGAAUUGGGCGGUUUAGGAAAUAGUGGUGGCGAUAAUGACGAUGGCGUGUUCCGUCGUCCAACCACCCCGGCACGAGGCAGGAAAAGGCGUGUGCCUUUCGACGAGUCAUUCGGCAGUCAACCGGCGGAAACGCCAAAACGUGGUCGUCCUCGUGGAAGUCUAGGCACAGGCAGGGGAGGCCACCGCACGCCGUCUGUAAGAAAGACCACAGCUCACGCCGAGGAGGACAACCAAUUUUUCAUCGGCGUCAAGACUGGCAAGAAUCUAGAGAAAAUCAUCGACGACUGGAUAGAUCGCUACGACGAGAACAGUGAUGAGGCCGGCACCGAGCUGCUCCAGUUUUUCAUCUCGGCCUCAGGAUGUCACGGGAGGCUGAGCGGAGAUAUGCUGCAGAAAUACGACCACCCUGAAAUUGUGCGCAUGAUGACCGAGGAAUUCGAUGAAGACUCCAGCGACUACCCGAUGGUCAUGAGCGGCGCCCAGUGGAAGCGCUUUCGCGGCAGCUUUGCCAAGAUGAUCAUGACUUGGGUCGACCGCUGCAAAUCGUCCAUCAUCUUCCAAAAUAGCAUCAUGGACUUUGUGAUCCAGAUGCUGACUUCUCUCGCCGACAGUCAAGUUCGCGCCUUCAGGCACACGGCCACUUUUGCCGCAAUGAUCCUUGCUUCCGCCCUGGUCGAUGUCACCCUGGGACUGUUCGAGCAGACCACGCGCAACCAGAAGCAAAUCGACGCCGAACAGACUAAGCUCGCUGCUGUUGGAGCGGGCGGCAGCAACGAGAAAUUGGAGGUGCUCAUCGCCAAGAAAACAGAGUUGAAAGACCAUACCCAAGAGAUUAGCGACAUGAUCCAAUACAUUUUCAAGUCGGUCUUCGUCCAUCGCUACAGGGAUUGCCUGCCGGAAAUUCGGUCGAUCUGCAUCAACGAGUUGGGCAAGUGGAUGAUGGUGUAUCCGGAGCACUUCCUCGACGAUAGCUACCUGAAAUAUAUCGGCUGGAGUCUGCAUGACAAGGUUCCCGAAGUUCGUCACAAAUGCCUGGAAGCGCUGCUACCACUUUAUGACGGAAGCGUUGUUGGCAAGCUGGAACUCUUCUCCAACAAGUUCAAGCUACGCUUGGCCAGCAUGGUGAUGGAUAAACACCCGGAGACUGCGGUGAAGGCGUGCGAGUUGCUGAGCGCCAUGUACAGGGCUUUCCCGAAUAUUCUGACCAAGGACGACUGCGUACCCAUCUACGAGCUCGUCUACACCAACCAUCGCCCGCUGGCCGUCGCCGCCGGCAACUUCCUCAACGUGAAGGUGUUCCCGAACGCUGCGCCGGCUGGCUCGGACCCGGUCACUUCGCCGAAUAAGGAUCUCUUGCUCGACCUCAUCCGCUUCUAUAUCGAGGGAGAGUGUCACGAGCACGGCGCCUACCUCGUCGAUUCACUCAUCGACUCCAACGAGAUCAUCAAGGAUUGGGGCGCCUGGGUCGAGCUGCUGAAGAGCGAUGAAGCCACGCAACACGAGACGCAGAUCAUCGAGAUCAUGUGCUGUGCGAUCAAGCAGGCCGCCACCGGGGAUCAUCCAGUCGGCCGGGCCAUCGCGAAACGUGGUCCACAAGCCGCCGCGUUGAACCCGAAGGAGGCCAGGUUGAUCAGCGAGGAACGGACGAGGAUUUCUGAAGUGUUCAUCCCUCAACUGGCUCCCUUGAUACAACGAUACAUUGCCGAUCGAGAGAAGGUCUGGAACCUCGUCACGCUGCCACUAUACUUCCAACUGGAAAUGUACGUCGCCGGACAGCUCACACAGCAUGCUGUCGAAUUGAUGAAGGCGCUCGAGAACGUCGUCGAGAAGCACCCGGAUCGCGAGGUCCUCACCCAGGUUGCCGAAGCGAUCAACCAUUUGAGCACAUGCGGCGGCACGGCCCAAAUCACCGAAACUCCUCGACUCAAGUUGACUCACGGAAUCCUGCUGCAGGUGAAGGUUCAAGUCGACCGCUUGGAAAAAGAGGAGAGUGCUUUCCGGAAGCUCGUCGCCUUCGCCAAUCACAUUGACACCGGCAAGCAGGACGUCUUCGACAAGUGCAUUCAGGUAGCCACCUGGGAAGAGGGCAGGGCGCCGUCUGAGGUUGUGCAGUUGUGCGUGCAGUACAUGUGCCUCGUCCUCAACUGGGACCUCUCGCGCUUGAUUCGCGAUGAGGAGACGAACCGAACGGAAGCCAUCAAGCAGCUCAGCAGACGCGUGGCCACCUUCUUCACAAGUUGCGAACAAGUGAUGCUGGAACACGUCAGCGGCCUGGAGACGACCUACCUUGCCAUCACCGACGCCCUGCUGCUGUUCAACGACCAUUUGAUUGAGAGGAGCGACGUGUACAAAUCCCUGGUGUACAAAAUGGAUCCGAAGCUUCUACGACGAAUCAAGAAUUAUGUGGUGGACAACGUCUUCUCUACGCCCGCUUCUCAAGUCGAACAGCAGGAACAACUAGAACUGAUGAUGAAGCGUCGGCGGCUUUUGGCCAACUAUGGCAAGUUGAUCAUCUACGGCGUGCUCCCCAUCAUCGAGGCGGCCGAAAUCUUUGAACAAUAUGUCAAGUACUACCAAGAUUUUGGAGACAUCAUGAAGAUGCUCGUCUACAAGUGCCGUGACGGCUCCAUCCACAGCACUGCCACCGCCGUUGGCAAAGCGAUCCAAAUGGCUUACGAGCGGCUUCGGACCAUUAGCAAUGCCCCGAAAAUUAUUGACCCGAUCUCCGAGGAUUUCUCGCAAGUCCGAGAGCUUGCACGCCGCCUCGCCACCGUGUUCGGCACCGAUCACCUCAAGAAUCGAGAGGCAGUCGCCAAAAUUCAUCGUGAUGGCAUCGUAUUUGCGCUGGAGAUCACCAACGGACGCUGCUCCAAGUCGCCGAACAACGUCAGCUUCUUGGAGGUCAUCCUGGAGUUUUCCCCGAAAUUGCUGAGCCAGGACAAGGAUUGCAUCCGUCGAUACUUUGAGAAGCACGUCCAGGGACUUGGAAAGAUCCCGACCGAGAGCCCGAUUUGGUCAAGUGUAGCGCUAUAUAAAGACAGCCUAAAGGAACGACAUCCCGAUGACAUCUCAUCAAUUCGUUCUGCUUCCGUCGCACAAUCAAUCGCCUCUGCCCGCACGACACCCAUGGCCUCUCCGGCGAAACGCGGCCGAACGAAGCGACCCGUGCUCGAAGAA